CGCCAAGAGCGCCGCCUGCUGCAGCUCCGGCCCUUCGCAGGGAGAUGACUCUGUAUCUGGGCCACAGUACCAUAGCGAUGAUCAAGUUGAGGUUCAAAGCCCUUACACUGAAGAGAUAGCUUUUCGUCUCUCAAACCGUGCUGGGAGUCCCAGUCAACCGCGGCCUAUCAAUUUGCAAGAUAACAUGGGUCCUGUCAGAGAAAUUGUUUGUAUAGAACAAAACGUGACCGCGAUGGCAGCUAAUACUCCAUCUGGCCGGGCCUCCUUGCAAAUCCAGGAUGACAUUCAGAUUAAUGAUCGUAUCCGAGCAAUGACUCCUGCUAUGAUGCCGGCAACAACCCAGCCCAGGAUGGCAGCCGAGAACCCAUCCUCAAUGACACCUGCUAUGAUGCCGGUUCCAACCCUGCCAUGGAUGGCAGGCGAGAACCCGCGCGCUUGGAUCCCGCUCCUGAACCUGGACUAUGUUCCUACUCCUGAUGUUAUGAUGCAGGGAGGUAGCCCUGGCCAUUGUGUGUCCAUUGGGCUGCAUAAUGAUAUGAGGAUUGAAAGCCCCAUACCAAAUGCCAUUCAUACACCUCCAAGGAGUGUUUCCACACCAAGCCCUGUGCGGGAUCUUUCAAGACCUGUUCAGCGAAUGGUUCUUCCGUCAGGAAGCCCACAUAGCCCAGCAUGGGCAAUGGCGCCAAGUUGUGCAACCUAUCAUGCCACAGAAAAUGCAUUGAGGGAGAAAGCAAGUCCUCAAAUGCAAGCACUGGAGGAAUUGGAGUUCAUGAAGAGAUUUAUGAUUUGUGCAUACCUUCGUCAGAAGAGGAUAGAAGAUGAACUAUCUGUGGACUAUAUUAGAUCCUUGAAGUACCUUUCCAUGGUUCAGUUUGAGCCAGAAAUCUGGAGAGCAUUUGGUUGCAAGUAUAUAAAAUUUUCAGAUAGAGUGAAGAACCUUGAUUCCGACCCAGGUGCACCAAGAGUCUACCAUUGUAUUGUAGAGAUAACAGGGGAUUCUGUAGUGAAACUUUUCAAGGUUGCUGAAGAUGGUAUUAUUCUGGGUUUACGCCGCUACCGGUUUUUUGGUAAGUUCUCCUCUUAUAAUAUUCUCAGUUUUUCUUUGUUAACAAGAUUGCCAUACCGAGGAGUGUGCAUACUGUACAUACAAUUUCUGCCUUCUGUGGUGUGCCACUAGGUGUUAAUAAGCUGA